CAAUGACAUGUGGUCCGAUCACGUGACUGCACUACUGAGAAUUUGAAACAUGGGAGCAACCCCUCCUACAUCUCACUUCCAUCACCCCAUCCAAACGCCAGCUACAACCACCAAACAAAACCAAGGAUGUCGGAACAAGCUGGCGAGGCUGUACCUGCAGCACAGAAAGGCAGCUGGACGUCCUUUUUGAAGUCGCUGGCUGGCUUUACGGGCGAUCUGUCGGCAAUGACUGCUCCUCCGUUUAUAUUAUCGCCUACUUCCCUUACCGAAUUCCCAGCUUACUGGUGUGAACGCCCCGAGUUGUUUGCUGCGAUUGCCGAUGGGAAGACAGAGCAGGCUCGAGCGUUAGCUGUGUUGAAAUGGUUCAUCAGUACGCUUAAAGGGCAGUACACCUCCCGAAACGAAUCUAUGGGUUCUGAGAAGAAACCCUUGAAUCCCGUACUCGGAGAGCUCUUUUACGGCUAUUGGCCACCCACCACAACUCGCGAAGGCAAAACCACCUUAGUUGUAGAACAAGUCUCCCACCAUCCGCCCAUCACCGCUUACCACAUAGAGAACGCUCAAAAAGGCAUCAUCCUCACUGGACACAACGCACAGAAGACGAGUUUCAGUGGGGGAAGUAUCAUCGUGAAGCAGGUUGGGCAUGCAGUUCUGACUGUAUCCCUUCCCUCUGGCGAGAUCGAAGAGUAUCUGAUAACCCUCCCUCGCCUUCGCAUCGACGGGCUGUGGUACGGUUCUCCCUAUAUCGAACUAGCAGAAACGAACUGCAUCCAAAGUAACACCGGGUGGCUAUCCACAAUCGAAUACAAAGGCAAAGGUUAUUUCUCAGGCAAAUCGCACACGUUCAAAGCAACCCUCACCCCUCCUGCGCAUGCGCACGUUUCCACUUCUCCUCACGUGAUUGAGGGGACGUGGCAUACUACGUCUAAAGAUUUGAAUACUGGGGGAGCGUUUCAUGACGUUACGUCGCCCAAGGAGGAGAUCACGGUUGCUCCGAUCGAAGAGCAGAGCGAGUGGGAGAGUAGGAAACUUUGGUUUGGGGUUGCUAAGGGUAUCAGGGAGGGUGAUUUUGAGACUGCUGCUACGUUCAAGGGCAAGAUUGAGAACGAGCAACGACAAAGAAGAAAGGACGAAUCUGCUGGUGGCACGACGUGGGAGCUGAAGCACUUCAAGCACGUUGAUAAUGAUCCUGUCUACGAACGUCUCGGCAAGCUCUUCAAAGUUCACCCACCGACAGAAGACGCCUACGUCUACCUAAACAACGGUCCGCACUCUUAGAUGCCAAAGCAACCACACCUCUAGAUGUACAUUGCACCUUGGAUUGCUGGAUUGGGCGCCGAUAUGGUCGUAUAGCCGGAUAUAUUCUCUUACCUCUUCAUUGUAGUAUCGGACUUUUCUAAUUCAUACUUUUACCUGGGGUUGGUUGUAUGAGCGAUAGCAUGCUGCAUAUACAGCGAUAACGUGUAGGAGAUCGCUCUGGCUCAUCCAACAGCCAUCACAUCUACAACGGCAUGCAGAGACGCCAUA